GAGGAUGUAUCAGCAGCUGUCGUCACCGUUCCGGCACGUAGCCCGCGAGGAGUCAGGCUGCCAGCCAUGCCGGGACUGCUGCUGGGGGACGAGGCCCCCAACUUCGAGGCGGACACCACGCAGGGCCGCAUCCGCUUCCACGAUUUCCUGGGAGACUCAUGGGGCAUCCUCUUCUCUCAUCCCCGUGACUUCACUCCAGUCUGCACCACUGAGCUGGGUCGAGCAGCAAAGCUGGCCCCUGAGUUCAGAAAGCGAAAUGUUAAAAUGAUAGCCCUCUCUAUUGAUAAAGUCAGUGACCAUCUCGCCUGGAGUAAGGACAUCAAUGCUUACAACGGUGAUGAGCCCACAGAGGAGCUCCCCUUUCCCAUAAUUGCUGAUGCGAAGCGGGAACUUUCAAUCCAGUUGGGCAUGUUGGACCCAGACGAGCGGGACAAGGAGGGCCUGCCGCUGACGGCGCGUGUGGUGUUUAUUUUCGGCCCAGAUAAGAAGCUGAAACUGUCAAUCCUCUACCCAGCAACCACUGGCAGAAACUUUGAUGAGAUCCUGAGAGUAGUGGAUUCCCUUCAGCUGACUGCAAAGAGCAAGGUUGCUACCCCAGUGGACUGGAAGCGUGGAGACAGUGUCAUGGUUAUUCCCAGCAUGCCAGAUGAUGAGGCCAGAAAGCUGUUUCCUGAAGGAGUCUUCACCAAGGAACUCCCCUCGGGCAAGAAGUAUCUCCGCUACACUCCACAGCCUUAGAGCAUGUCACUGCCGCAGAGAUACCAGGCUGCCGAUCAUGGGGUUUUAGCAGAGCCCUUCGCCUUGGGGUGACCUGCAUGGGAUGGGGAGCACACACAGAGGAGUAGCUGUCAGAACAGUUAAA